GCGGGGGCAGAAUGUGGUUCCAGUCGAGGGCGGCAGAACGAGGACUUUUCUCCGAAACUUAUUCAAGUCGUCCCCAAACUGUGGAUUUUCUUUUCCUUCUGUUUUUUGUUUUUUGUUUGUUUUUUGUAAGAACGCAGAUUAAACCGUUCGGAUUAAUAAUUUUAUCAAAGGAAUACCUUUGUUUUCUCAGCGAAAGUGGCUGAUUGCAGCUUGGGUCCCCAUGCUCUGCCUUGUGAGUGCUGCCUGGCCUGCUGAGCCCGUAGGUGCUGGUGUGUCUGUACUGGGCUGCAGCUGAAGUAGGAAUACUGUGACUGGUGGUGGUGUGCUCGAUUCCUGCAGUGGUGGUGGAGGCGGGUCGUCAGAGGGCCCAGAGGCCCGGUAGCAGGCGGAGGGGCCUGUCCUGUCCCAGCCACACGAAGAUGAACAAACUGAACUUCCACAACAACAAAACCAUGCAGGACCGCCGCUGCGUCUGUGUCUUUUUGCCCAAUGAUGACACGCUCAAUGUCAUAGUCAAUGUGAAGACCCUGUGCCAGGAACUGUUGGUCCAGGUGUGUGACCUCCUGAGACUGAAGGACUGUCACUUAUUUGGACUCAGCGUCAUUCAGAAUAAUGAACACAUCUAUAUGGAGCUGGAUCAGAAGCUAUCCAAAUACUGCCCCAAAGAAUGGAAGAGAGAAGCCAGCAAGGGCAUCGACCAGUUUGGGCCUCCAAUGAUCAUUCACUUCAGGGCUCAGUAUUACGUUGAGAAUGGGAGAUUGAUCAGUGACCGGGCAGCCAGGUACUACUACUACUGGCACUUGAGGAAACAGGUGCUGCUCUCACAGUGUAUCCAAAGGGAGGAGGCCUACUUCCUCCUGGCAGCCUUCGCCCUACAGGCUGACCUCGGCAACUUUAAACGUAACAAGCACUUUGGGAAGUACUUUGAACCUGAAGCCUACUUCCCUCCAUGGGUGAUAACCAAGCGUGGCCGUGAGUACAUCCUGAGGCAUAUCCCGAACAUGCACAAAGACCAGUUUGCUCUCACUGCUUCAGAGGCGCACCUCAAAUACAUUAAGGAGUGUGCCCAGCUUGAUGAUGUCACUGUCCACUACUACAGACUCUACAAGGACAAGAAGGAAGUAGAGGCAUCUCUUACGUUGGGACUGACUUUACGUGGUAUCCAAAUAUUUCAGAAUGUCGGGUCCGUGAGGCAACUGUUGUACGACUUCCCCUGGACCAACGUGGGAAAACUUGUAUUUGUGGGUAAGAAGUUUGAAAUCCUUCCUGACGGUCUGCCCUCGGCCCGUAAACUCAUCUACUACACAGGUUGUCCCGUGCGCUCUCGCCACCUCCUGCAGCUGCUCAGCAACAGCCACAGGCUCUACAUGAACCUGCAACCUGUUCUUAAACAAGUCCGUCGGUUGGAGGAAAAUGAAGAGAAGAAGCAGUACAGGGAGUCGUACAUCAGCGAUGCUCUCGAACUGGACAUGGAGCAGCUGGACAAACGUUCCCGAGCCAGCGGCAGCAGCGCAGGGAGCAUGUCUCAUCACAAACGUCUGUCCCGCCACUCCACGACCAGCCACGGCAGCUCACACACCUCUGGGAUCGAGACGGACAGCUUCAGGGCCCCCGGUCAGGCCCCACACCGGGCCCUACGAACCUGCAGCUCAUCCACAACCAGCCAUGGGAGCUCACACACUUCUGGCAUCGAGAGCAGCGGCAAGGAGCGCAUACUAGAUGAUGAUGAGAUUGAGAUGCUGGUGGACGACCCUAAAGACUAUGAGGAGCUUCAUGAGAUGGCUCUGGACCAGGAGCUGUGUAUCCACAUCACUGAGGACAUGUUGACCAUGUCACCUGAUCAGACCAACGGAUACUCAGGACUGAUAGUAAAAGACGUCAGCUCCUCCACGUCCAGCUCCUCUGAGACCGUCGUCAAGAUGAGAGGACAGAGCAUCGAGUCUCUGCCACAGACAUCAGCAUGCAGGAAGCCUCAGUCUUCGACUGACCGGCACAGCCAGUCUCUUGACGACAUCCGGCUCUACCAGAAGGACUGCCUGCAGUGGGCGGAGCUCUGCCAGGACACCGCCCACAGCUACACAUUCGGCUGUGCUCAGGAGCUGAGUGAUGGCAGCGGAGGCUAUCAGGGCCUCGCCGAUCAGCGCACCAGCGUGCUCACCGAGCAGCACCCGUUUCCCAUCAAGAGAACCAACAAGUACUUUUCCCUGGAUCUGACCAGCGAUGAGGUCCCCGAGUUUGUGGUGUGAUGGACACGCAAACAAGGCAACCUCAGGGUGACCGUUUCGCUCCACCGUGUCAGAUGUGGAGAUGUUUCAGCCCUCAGGGAAUGAGACAAGAGAUGGAUUGGAGGUGGAUUCUAUUCUUGGCAGCGAACAGCAGUGUUGAGUAAACUGGCAGCAAGUUGACUGUCCCUUCACUUACCACUUCAGAUGAAUUACACAUAAUAAACGAACAAACACAGGGGGAUGUGGCUGAAAAGGGAACAUCAAGACAAACACUUUGUUCAAGAGAACCUGUGUCUUUCAAAGAUAACCCGAGCUGCUCCCCCUGUGUGAAAGGAAACAAAAGGGAUCGUGUCUUCUUUUAAAAAACAUUUUUAUUCAAAUCUGUCCCCUUCAAACUGGUUUCAAGAACCACAUGUUGCGUUUGCCUGCUUUAUAAAGUCAUAAAAAGACUGUGUGCAUGCACGUAGGCUUACAGCAGACAGAGACUCAUGCAGACAUGAAGAGCAUAUCAAAAUUUUUCUCUGGAGGACACAGUGGAUAAAAUCACUCUGAGCUACGAACCAAAGACAAGAAAUGGAAAUAAACUGAAAUGACAUGUCCAACUUAUUCUCAGUGUGCAGCCCUGACAAAAACAUUAAAGUCAUGGUGGGAGAUUAACCCAUAAUCCUUUGAGAGAAAGCAGCCUUGUUUUUUCCCUCUGUCUUUUUCUAUGCCACUUCAUUUUACCUCAACAAGUGCAGUGUGCCAACCCGCCCCCUACCCAGACUGGAUUCUUAAUCAUGUGAACACACACCCAAUGUGCCUUCAUCACACUAUGCAGGAGUCAAACCCUCGCCUUGACAAUCACACACUCUCACUUUAGUCAUUUUUAAAACCCUCAGAAUUCAAAGCUCUACAUUAUUUUUAAACAUUGUACACCCACUUCUUUAUCAGACCAGGCCGGUUUUUCAGCAUCUUAAACGUUAAAAAGACUCGAUUUCAAACUGUUUUCAUUUCCUGUGAAAUCCGAUCAUGUUUCCUGGAAGGAAUGAAGUCAAGUAGGUUACUACAUGUCCUGACUUGCGUUGAGUUUGUGGCCACAAAAGCUUUCCAGUAAUCUAAACCCAAAAUGGAGCCCCGUUGGCAGUUGGCCAAAACAAACAGUACAUUUUGAUGCAUACAUGUACAUCUCCCUUUCUGCUCAGUUUUAUUUCAUUCUUGUUUUUUCCUGUUUCGUUUCAUCUAUCGUUUUAAACUGGAAUUUGUUACAUUUUUUUAUUUUUCAUCUUCUCGUUUUGCCUAAAAUCACUUGUGUAUUUUUGUAUGAACUGUCCAUAUGUGUGUAUGUUGGACAAUUUAUUCUGCGUGUGGUUGAUUUAAUUCAGUAUUACAAGCAAAUGUAUGUGACAGUAUUAAGGACGUGUGAUGUUUGUAGCUCGGAUCAAGAAAGACUGGUUUUUAUCAUCAUUAGAAUCUUGUGGUAAGAUUCAAAGGACUGAAGCCUGUGGUAGCUGACAUGAUGUGUUAUAUGCUGUUAUUUCUCAUAAAUCACAUCUCAAAUUUCAGCUGGUGUGAAUGAGGACACAAGGUUGUUUUAAGUUAUAACCACAAAUAAGGUGUUUUUACUUGUAAAUCAUGCAGCUAAAAUUCAAAGGGCCACAGUUACAGCUUUGUCUGAAUUAAAAUAGUACUGUAAUGCUUUUUUAAAGAUACGACCAUAAUAUUUUUAGCUUCACUGUGGUGAAAACACUACUCACGUACUCAUGUUUGAAUUAGGUGGAAAAAACUGCCUCAUAAACUUUAUCAUGACCACAGAAUUACAUUUUGGUUCAAGAGUAAACUCUUAAGAUUAUGAAAUUUACAUUAAACUUUCCAAGUGGUUGAAAUGAUCCUUUAAGCUAUUGAAAAGCACCAAUGAAAAAGACAGAAAAGAAAAGAAAUAUGCCAAAUACUAUUUGUUGCCAAGAGUUAGAUGAUGAAGUAUGUAUUUACUCUAAAUAUGAGGCUACAGCCGAAAAACGAUUAUCUUAGCUUACCAUAAAGAAAUGGGAAAACAGCUCGCCUGGCUCAAACCGAAGGUAACAAAAUGAGCCUACUAGCACAUCUAAAAGUCACUAAUUGCCACCUGAUACCUUGUUAACUGUUAUCUGUAUAAAAACCAAGGUGUAGAAAAUUAUGGGCUAUUUAUUGGCCCUGACAAGUAUUUCCCAUCGUAAAAACACAUGUCGUUUCCUCACUUUGGUGUUUGUACAGACAAACAAGACGUAACGUGUUAAUAAGUGAAAUUUAAAAGUUGCUGGCAGGUGGAUUUUGAUUUCAUUGGACAGAGCCAGACUAGCUGUUUUCUGCCAUGCUAAGCUAACCGGCUGCUGGUGGUCAAUCAUCAAAAAUUAACAACAAAUCACGUGAUAACAGUCAAAACUCCAGCUACUUUUGUUUAUACGUAGCUGAGCUGUAUGAUGUCUAAUUGUGUGUCUGUGUGGCUGUAAUCAUUUCCAAACUCAUACAAGACUUAGUUACAGUCAUUUUAGAUCCCCGUUAGAUUUUGUUUUUUGUGAUCCCACUUCAAACCCACAGUUUUCACAUACUGGCAAUACAGCAUCUGAACAAGGUUUUUAUCAAAUACAUUUAUGUAAUACAUAACAAAUACAUGAAUAUGAUACUGCUAUGUAAUUAAAAACAAUGUCUGUAUUUCUUACAGUUUUUUUUCUUUCACUGUUUUAAGCUCAUAAGUAUUUCUUCUCAUUAAUGGAAAAUGUCUAAAGUCGUAUUUUGAUGGACAAUGAUGUUUCUUAUAUUAAAACAGUAUGUGUUAAGGUACAUAGCCAUACAGUCAUAAUCCAUGUCCUUAAGCCCUUUAAUUAGUUUGUUCUUCCUUUUCUGACUUCAAUAUAUGGUCAUACUUACACGUAAGAGUCUGUAUGUCUGUGUCUAUAGUCCUUUCUGUGAAAGGAUCUCCAAAAAUGAAAGAUUUCUUUUUUUUUUUGUCACCCUGUAAUUAAAAAAAAAUUAUGUUGUAUGUUAUGAAGUCUGGUCUGUGCCUUCUUGGUACUAAUGCCCUCAAUAUCCAAUAAAAAGGUACAUUUAUUUGCCAAA